AUGUCCCUACAACCGCUCAAAUUAUUCCAUCUCCCUACACUGGUUCUUCGAAAUGUGCUCCAGCUUCUUAAUCCAAUUGAAUUAUUCGAAUUAUCCCAAUGCUCCCGAAGAGCCCUCUCCAUCAUCCCGUUAUCCGGUAGCAGAAAUUUCAAGCUGCAAAUUGACCAGUUUUCUAGCUCCAUCCAUGUCAAUGGCCACAUUUUUCGUAUUUAUAGCACGCGCGCCCAAUCGAUAUACAUUCCGCAUGGAACACGUACCUUUAUGGAGUCUACAGUAAAGAUUUACCACCGCAUAGAGCAUGAGCUCGCUAGUUUUUGGGAUAAUAAGCUAGUCGGAUUGAGGACUGUCUUCUUCCAUGUCUCAAAAGUUUUCAACUGUCCUACCGAAUGCGCCAGGUUUUUUUAUGCAAUUCCAGCAGUGAUCUACAUGUCGUUUAUCGAUUUUAUUAGUAGCCGUCAGUCUGAAAUCAAAGAACUCACUAUUUGGGGAGAUGGUCUGACUGAUAAACAUGUGACUGAGAUAUUUGAUAAAUUAAGAGUCACUGAUCAUCUAGAGAUGAGUCAUCGAUUCUCUAGGGCCCCAUCAAUUCCUUUGAACUUGGAAUCCAUUGUUAUCUGGAACUCCGCUUGGAUCACAACUCAACACUUGAAUUCAAUGAAUAACUGUAGAGUAAUUCAUUUGGAUCAGUCUACAUUCACUGAUAGUAAUAUGACAUCAUUCUUGAACGAUUGGAAAUCUGGACAAUAUCCAAAUCUUCAAUAUUUAUCCAUCAAUAGUGAUUUUCUGAGCGAACGCUUCACCGCAUUCGGACUACCGUCACUUCGGGUUACUGUAAAUUCACAGAUGUAUGAAAGAACUAUCCUUGGUUACUCAAGAUUUAUAUAUGGAGGUGUCGAUGUUCAACGAGAUGAUGGAGUUGCUGCAAAAAUUUAUUACGACAAUAAUGGCGAGUUGAAAAUUCUGCUGUUGUAA